UGUAGUACCACCCCAGCUUAGUAGGUGGCGCUGAAACACCUCAGUCUUGGCGUUAGCCUUCGAAGAAGAAGAAGAAGCUAGCCCUUCUGAAGAAGAAGGAGGAAGAAGUGUUGAUUGUUUUGUUUUUCUUUAACUUUUGGCUGUGAAACGAUAAGGAACGUACAAUAUCACUAUGAACCUGGAGCGACUGCCCAAUGAGGAGAAGCUCAGCCUUUGCCGAAAAUAUUAUCUUGGUGGCUUUGCAUUUCUCCCCUUCCUGUGGCUUGUCAAUGUUGUUUGGUUUUUUCGGGAGGCCUUUUUAAAGCCAUCCUACACUGAACAGCUACAGAUAAAAGCAUAUGUGAAGCGUUCAGCGCUAGGGUUACUGUUAUGGGUAGCAGUGCUCACCACGUGGAUCACCAUAUACCAGCACUUCAGAGCAGAGUGGGGGGAGGUGGGAGAUUACCUCUCCUUUACCAUUCCCCUAGGUAUCCCUUGAGGCUUUUUUUUUUUUUUUUCCAUCUUUUCAAGUGAUUGGUCUUUUCAGUAAAACUAAUGAUCCACUGUAAUGGGCCCAAAAAAAAAAUUCUCCCUGAACAACAGUGGAGUUGUUUUCCUAGUUUCUGGUCAACUAAAUCCAACUAAAUGGAUGAAUAAAUGUUAUCUAUCUUCACAAGAUAAACAAUGUAGGACCCAAAACCAUUUCUGUGCUCACCAAGGCAUUUGAGUAAGUUAUUUGGCUUUAGAGAAGGGUAAUUCAUCUUUUGAAAUAGGCAAUGUUUAUGAUCAUGGAAAUUUUGUAUUGAUAAGAUAAUGAACAACUCACUAAUGUUUUUUUUUUUUUUUAACUGUUUAUUGUGGUAUGGUAUGAUUGUGCACAAUUUUUACUUCUGUGUGAAUAAAUAAAAAGUGUCCCCAAUGCUGCCAAGUUA